GAUAUAAUAUAAAGUUCUUAAUUAUCAUCUUCAUAAAAAGAAUAUCCAAAAAUUACACCUGAAGGACAGGCAAAGGUGAACAAUUUACUGGAUUAUUUGGCUAGUAAUUUGAGGGUUUUUAAAGACAAUUUGAAUAUGAUUUGAAGCAAAAAAACUCGAGCUACCAACAGCGGUUAAGAUGGGGGAGCUACUUCAUUCCGCUCCGUUUUACCAAAACAUUAGGAAACAUACUACUAAAGCUGGAGAAAUUUUGUGCACUGGAAUAGUCUGUGUCGCUUGCAACCCAGAGAAAAAUGGCAAUAAGAGUUUGGUAAAAAUUUUGGGAGAUGUUGAUACGGUUAAUUUUGAGAUGGAAUCAAAUAAUGGGGAGAUUAAUGCGUUGAAAACAAGAGAACGGCCAGAAACGGCUCCCGGUUGCUAUGGAGAUCACAUCAAAGGUAGACAUGGCGGAAAGAAGCAAAUAAAGAAGAAAAUAGCUAAAAGAUUGCCACCUUCGGAAGGAAAGACGACACCUAAGACUUUAGUAACUGACUUACCACAGAAUAAUGAGAAUAAAAAGACGAAAAAAUCAAGGAAAGUUGAAUCUUCAAAGCUUUCGAUGAAGAAGACUGUCGUGACUAAGAAUAAUGUCCAAAUUGGGAAGGACACUGCAAGAGAUGAUGCGAGUAAAUAUCUCGUAGUUCCUCCUCGAUCUAAGAUUUUACCUUUAAAGCGAACGACAGCAAAGAAGACAAAGACUUCGUAUGACAAAGAAUCUGCACUGAAAAGUUUUCAAAAUACUAAAAAUGCAAACGGAGAAAGGAACUUUAGUCGCGAACGAAAAUUGUACCAUACCUUUCCUGGAGCAUGUGUAGCAAGGAGCUCACGAAAAUAUAGAAAUAAUUCACCAGAAGUGAUUAAAAAUACCAAUUUUUUAGAAAUGCUAAAAACAAGUGAGGUUGGAAUUUAUGAUUCUAAGAUGAAGAAAGUAAAUACUUCUUCUUUUUGGGUUGAAAAGAUUUUGAAACAAGGCGUUAAGGAAGAAGAGUUGUUGCCAAGAAUUCCUCAAGCUUUGAAAGAAAGAAAGUCUGGCGAUGGUUCUGAGCUUAAAACGACCGAUAAAAUAACCCAAACUUCAUCGGUUUUGAACGCUAAAACGAGUUCAAUGCUUCCUCGACUUUCUUUGAAUGGUAAAGUAGAGGUACGAGGAGGUGAAUCAGUUUUGAUUAUUGAACACGAACAUGAAAAAUUGAAAGAGAAAGAUGGAGUGUUGCAUCGAAUAGGAUUUGCACUUGAGGAACGACAAGUGCAGGGCUCAAGAAAUUUCCCAAAAUGUUCUAUCAUUGAAAUAGCAGACAGUCUUGGGGAGUUUGUCGAAAUGGGAAAGAUAAAAGUCAUUCAACGGAGAAAUAAAAGAUGGUUGAUUCUCGUCGAAGGGAAGACUGCCAAAGAUUUCUUGCUGCAAAAUGGAGUCGUAAUAGGGGGAAGGCAUUUCGAAUUGAUGGAACUCAAGACCUUCUAACAUAGUAAAAUGACUCUGAUGAUUGAAUGCAUUUGCAAAAGCCGUCUUAUCAUGCAGAAGAAGCCAUUCUAUGUCAAUUAUAUAUUUGCAAGCUUAGACGUAUCAGAAGAAAAGUUCAGUGAACGGUCAACAUCAGCGUCAACCUAAUUAUCAUCCUAAACAAUCAUGAACAUCGUCAUCAUCAUCACCGCCACCAUCAUCAUUGCCAUCCGGAUCAUCAUCAUCAUCACCACCAUUUCAUGACAUACAUUACUAUCACCCACAUUAACAUCCUCCAUUCAUAUCAUCACUAUCUCAGUUAUCACUAUUACCAACCGCUAUCACCAUCAGCACCACCAUUAUCAUUGCCAUCCGGAUCAUCAUCAUCAUCACCACCAUUUCAUGACAUGCAUUACUAUCACCUAUAUUAACAUCCUCCAUUCAUAUCAUCACUAUCUAUAUCACUAUUACCACCAUCACCAUCACCACCACCAUUAUCAUUGCCACUCAAUCAUUAUCAUCACCAUUGCCAUUCAUUACCAUCGCCAUCCUUAACAUCAUCUCCAUAUCAUCAUUAUUAACCUACACUGAUCACCAUUACCAUCCCCAGUACCACUAACAACAUCAUUAUUUCAUGAUGAUGUGAGUGAUCAGUGUCACAUUACUGGAUACUUCCUCAAACUUGAUUUUAACCUUUGUAAAUGUUCGGUUAUUUUAAGCAGGGACGAAACAUUAUAACAUUAUCUAAACAUAUAUCAGUACUUUAUGGAUGUACAACAAGUAUUUAGUACGGCGGACCAUUAGGGACAGUACGCGUGCAGCAAGUUAGACGAGUUGCUGCAAAUAAGAAACGAGUUGCUGCAUUUCAGACGAGUUGCUAGAAAUAAGAAACGAAUUGCUGCAUUUCAGACGAGUUGUUACAAAUGAGAAACGCGGAGUUGCUGCAUGUUAGACGAGUUGCUGCAAAUAAGAAGCGAGUUACUGCAAAUAAGAAACAAGUUGUUGCAAAUAAGAAACGAGUUGCUGCAAAUAAGAAACGAGUUGCUGCAUUUCCUCUUAUGGGCCCGCCUCGUAAAGUCGAGUAUUCGACGCGAUGAAUGCCCUACAAGCCUAGUUGGGAAAACACUAUGACAAAUACGUAUGAAAAGCAUAAGUAUUUCAUGAUUAUAAAAAUGUAUUGCAUAUUGAUAAGGAGAGGAAAAUAAAAAUUACGCGAAGAAAAUGGAUUGUU